AUGCGUUGCGGGCAAAAAUAUGGCUAUCCUGAACGCUUGAUGCCGAAAUUGGUUAAACGAGAAAGGAACUGUCGCGAAUGCCUUGAAACCGACUCUAAAGUACAAUCCAAUGUCAAAUUAAGCUUUGAACCGAACGAAAAAUAUCCGAGUAUGGCAAAUGUAUUGGAAGUUGGUCAAGAUGGUAACGGUGGAUAUUCAGUGGUAGCGAAGGCGGACAUUGAUGUAGGGAAAACGAUAUUAGUUGAACGUCCCUUCCUUGCUUAUUUGAACAUACGUUACGGUUGCAAAUGUAACAUUUGCUUGAAAAGUAAUGUGAAUCUAGUACCGUGUCCCAAGUGUUCCGUUGCAAUGUUCUGCCACAAAGAAUGCCAAGGAAGUUUUCUACACGAAUAUGAGUGUGGCGUCAAAUUCAUGGAAGACAUCGAUGAGAAUAUUUCACGAAUGUCAUCUUUGCGAUUAAUGUUGCUGAAAAAACGAUUAGCAGCAAUUCAAACGAGUUACCCAUUUCUCAAACUACGCAUUGGACCAAAUGUGGCAAAAAAUCUGGAUUUUCCAUGGUUCAUUUCAAACAUUUAUAACCUACUCAUUGAAAUACCAAAAAUCAAGGCAAUGUUCCAAUCGAUGAAACAUAGACGUUUCUUAAUGCACCUUAUUGGUCAUCAUGCUCUGAUUGUGAAGAACAAUAAUUGUCAUUCAGUAAUGACAACAUUUUCACCUCAAUACCACUUGUAUAAGCUAAGCGGAAUAACAGCAAAUUACUUCAAGUCAUCAUGUCUACCGAAUGUUUUCGUGGGCGAUUGUGGUGGUAAUUUAGUCGGCAGCACUAUUCGACCAGUUAAGAAAGGUGAACAUUUGUUGACUGCACCUAUCCCAAAUUUAAUGAAGCCGAAAUCGGAGCGACAACACAUUUUGUGGAUCGUAAAACAAAUUACGUGCAAAUGUGUACGAUGUGAAGGACAUACAGCUUCACCGGAACAAUGUUUGGAGAUAAGUCUUGAUCCCAGCGUAUAUAGCAUUAGAUCUGAAUACCCAAGAUUGAAUUUCCGAAAUGUUGAAGAGGUACAAGCUUUUGUGAAGAAGUGCGGCGAAGUUUUGACCAAAUACGGUCACAUUAUGUGGUGCCAUGAACUUGGUAUGGUAUUAACCAUGUACAUGUCCAUUCUGAGCAGACAAAGCUUUUUUCUAUCCUGA